CAUGUCCUAAUGGACAAGAAACUGCCAGUCUGCCCCGUUCCCUUAGGCAUCCAUGUCACUGUCUCCUUUGCCCCAGCAAAACAGUUCAACACAAGUGUUAACGUUAACAAGAGAUUCGUCAGGAUUCCAGGAGCCCCUGUGACUUGUGGAUGUUGAGGCACCAACCACCACCCCCGUCACAAAAAUUGCAUGCACCGAGCCUAAUCCAAGGAAAAUUGCUGCAAAAUCAUAUGGCCCUCCUUGCACCAACCAUUCUCCCUCUGAACCAGUUCACAGCCUCAUUAUCUACUCCCUGUUGCCCCCACUGUUGCUUACAGAGACGGCAAUUCCUUCUAGUCGAUUAACCAAAUCAUUUUGACUUGUUUUAUGUGUACUGUUGGUGAAGGUUAUGCGCCAAUCUUUAUGUGCUGUCUAUAUAUAAAUGUGUGCCUAUUUCACACCAUUUCCGUGUGUUUGUGUUGUGAGUUGGGACACGUACAAAUUGGAACUCUUUGAUACAUACUAAUACUAUACUUGUAGUGUUGAUUGAUUUGUUUUGCAUCAUGGAGCACACAAGAAACGGUGAUUUGAAGGGCAGCAGCUAUGAUCAGGAGCUGUUGGGCCGGCGCCGGAACGGUGCCUUCCCCAUCUACCUCGACCUCACCAGCAGGGAGGCCGCCGCCAUCGACGCCGCCCGGCAGCCAUUGCCGCCGAAGAGCACCCCUAGCCGGAGGCGCACGUACGCCGACGGCGAGCUCGACGUGUUCUCGGCCGAGCGCUACUUCAAGGGCGCGAUGGACGGCGACGCGGCCCACAACAAGGAGGCCGUUGUGGUGGCGGCGAGGCCCGCCGUGCCGGUGAGCAAGCCGGCGUGGACUUGCGCUUCGGCGGCGAGCGCCGGGUCGGGAGGCACCAGCGCCCACAGCCGGACCGUGCUCCUCCGUGACGCGCACCGCCGGCCGCCGGGGGGAUACUACAAGUGCUGCCUGCAGGUCGGCGAGCUCCUGCGGCCGUGCGCCGGGAAGCGGGCCGUGCGCAUCGACGGUGGAGCUCCUGAGGCCGCCGCGGGCGUGGGUUCGGGCAAGCCAGCUGCGGCGAGCAGGAUCGAGUGGUACCGAGAUCUGAGGAUGGAGAAGGCUGCUGCAGGGACAGGUCUCCCGCAGAAUUCGAAUCUCGGCGCGGCCAAAGUGGCCGCCGUCGGGAGGGAAGACAUCAUCAAGGCGGCCGAGCACCCGAGCGCAAGCUUCCGGAGCUUCACUCUUCAAGCUCCGGUCAAAGCCGUCGGCGGCGGCAGCGGCAACGGAGACGACGACGAUGGAGGCGGGAGCGAGUCGAGCUCGGAACUGUUCGAGAUCAAGAGCCUCAUGAUCGACGACUGCUGCCCCUACGAGCCCAGCGAGGCCAGCAUCCAGUGGAGCGUCGUCACCGCCAGCGCCGUCGACGUCUACUCGGAGCGCGGGAGGCGCGGGGGCCCAAUGGUCAAGCCGCAGAACCGGCCCGUUGGGCUGCUCACGGGCUGCGUCAGCCGCAGGGCCGUCGACGUCUCCGGGAUGCCCGACGCCCGCAGGUUCGCCGCCCCGCCGCCGCGCCGCCGCGUUUAAUUAGUUUUCUGCUCCACCAAGUGCGUGCGUGUGUGUUGUGUGUGGUGUCGGUGGGUGUAUUCCAUCUUAUUAAUUUACUGCUAGGCUACAGCCAAACAAGCUAUACAAAUCAGUUUCAAAAAUAAAAAAGAUUAUUUACAAGAUUUUAUAUUACGGAGUAAGUUGCACUAAAACAACGGCAAGUAUAUAGAAACUGAGAGAUUAUUUGUAUAAGAAUUUA